AUGAGUUACAAUCAGAAUGCAUUCACAAAUCUCGAUCAAGAUGUAACCAAAUCAAGAAUAGAUAAGUAUCAUAAGAGUGAACCUGAAGUCAAACAAUGGUUAUUUAAAAUAUUAGAUGUCCCUCAACAAGAUAUUCAAAAUUAUAACAAUCAUGGUGAAGAUUUGAUAAGUAUUCUUAAAAGUGGAAUACUUCUAUGUAAAUUAGGAAACCUUUUAAACAUCCCUCAGAAUCCAACUACUAAGUUCAAAAAUUCAAAGAUGCCUUUCGUACAAAUGGAAAACAUAUCGUUUUUCUUAAAGACUUGUGAAAUGAUUGGCGUCCCCCAUGAUGAAAUCUUCCAAACUGUUGAUCUCUACGAUAACAAAGAUCCUUACCAGAUCAUUAUAACGUUAAUAUCUUUCUCAAGAAGGGCUAAUGAGAUAAAUAGUUCAAUUCCUGUCAUUGGUCCAAAAGUUGCAAAGAUCAAACCUCCAGUUCCUAAUAAACCUAUAAAUCUUAGAUCUUAG